CGUUCGUCGAACCGAAAAGAAACAUCGGGAAAGAAAAGUACCUAACUAACCUACUGUUAUUUGAAAUCUGUAAACAUUGUGGUUUUAUUCGUGUUAUCUAAUUUUCCAUGUGGUGAACUGUGUUUUAAUCGUCAAGGAGUUGGGCGCGUUGGAAAAAUGGAUUUGUUACACCUGCCUGUGGUCAUGAUAGAAAACAUAUUUUCGUUUCUAUCUUACGACGAAAUCGCAAAGAAUCGCCUGGUAUCGAAGGCUUUCAACGAGAUAUGUCAACGCAUGCUGAACAGAGGUUUCCUGAUGAUAGAAAGGCGACAUGCUCUGGCUCUUAAGAGUGUCAAAGCGCAGCUGCCGAGGAGGGAGUCGGAACGCAGAUACCACCCCCUGUCACGCCACUGCGACAUCCUGACGUCGAUAGAGACGCGUAUAUCCAUGCUCAACAUGACCUACGCCAAGUUUAUUGAUAAUGGACUAUGCUGCUUUAUACCCGGGAAGGUAAUAGAUGAAAUCCAACGCGUCCUCCAAAUAGUGGAAACCUCCAAGACUCCCCCGCGAGCUCACGAAGUGCUACAAGAGCUGCGUGAUAUAAGCAGCAUGGCGAUAGAACACUUCGACGAUAAGAUAUCGCCUGCCUUCCGCAAGAAGCUGCAGGAAGGGACUCCGCCCCCGCCGCGGGCCACUGCAGCUCACCUGAACCCCAGCAUCAUGAUGCGUCAGGAGCUGCAUCACCUGCGAAGACGCUCCGUGCUCAACGCCAAGCUCUCGCUCUACCUCGCUGAGCAGUUCAAGAAGUUCCAUAAAAGGAUGAUGGAGUAUAGAAAAAUAAACGCUCGGCAUAGAAGGACUAUCAAGAUGUUGACCAGAAUGCAGAAUGAUCAGGACGCUACAAUUGCGGACCUGAAGAAACGUAUAGAGGAGUGCGACAUCAAAUAUAGCGAACUAACACAUACCAAUCAGGCGGUUGGCGGGAAGGUUAUUGCAGCAGCGGCCGCUUCCGAAGCUUCGCCGUCGGCGCAGCCACUGCGUCACUUCGGCAGCCAGAUCAAACUGGACCUCUCCGUGCUUCCUAUCGGGACCUCUAAGAGGUCUGCCAAGCUACUACCCAACAUGAAACCGCGCAAACCGCUGAUCAAACUGCCCAGCCUGGCCCAAGACGACUCGGAACCCCUGGCAAAGGUGGCAAAACUGGACAAUGUCGACAAAACCGACAAAUUGGAAAAAGUGGAAAAACCUGAAAAAGUUGAAAAUCCCAUUCCAUCAACGUCCAGUACUUCAAAUACUCAAAGCCCGAAGGCGAAAACCUUGUCGACUAUGGCCAAAAUUCGCGGUAUCACCAACGAAAUACGCCAACUAAGUAAUCUGUCGAAAAACUUCGAAUAUAAAUUAAAAAGGCCAAUAAGCCUCGCCACUUUGGAUUUCACAGAAAUCGAUUGUAUAAAGCAAAAGUUAGAUUAGGUAAAAACUACCUUGGGGUGUUAGUAAACCAAUCUCAACUUCGAGACUGCCCUCCAGAUCAUGUCAAUGUGACAGUUCUUAUACACGGUGUUAGUGACAUUGUAGCGAAAACUGGGGAGUUAAAAUGGCCACAUCGAAGCAAUUCAUCUAAGAAAGCAAUAUUGCAAUCUGACAUUUGCGCAUAUAACAGUAAGUGCGCAAAUAAAUGUCAAAUAGCAAUAUUGCUUUCUUAAAAUAAAUAAAAAGAACACAGUUUUUUAUAAAUUUUCCGACAGAAAAAUCCACUUGAUAUCAACUCAGAACUAUGGUCUGAAUCAUCACCCUCAGUAUUUGUUACGCUGUCAAUAACACCCAUUUGUACUUGUAUGGGCUGUUAAGGACAUAUAGAAAUGAAAAUGAUUUUAAAAAAUCGUGAAUUUUGUGACGGAAAAUUAUAGGUACUUGAUAUUAACUCAGAAUCAUGGUCUGAAUCAUCCUCCAUAACGAAUACCGAUCAUUACGAUGUCACUAACACCCUGUAUAAAAACGGGCUUCGGCAUGGCCUGGAGAGCAGCUGAGAUUAGGUUAUUAAUGGUGUUGAUUCCUGUAGACACCGCCUAAUUUUAUUUUAAGUUAUACCUGUCAUUUUCCUAUCCGCCGAAAAGGAAAGCGACGGAUAAUCGACAGGUAUAAAUUUAUGGAACACACGUCAAUUUUAGGCAGGAAUUUUAAAAACCCUCCCAAAUUUAUAAUAUUGGCCAAUAACCCGACAGAAUUAUGUUGACAGCACACGCCAAACGGGUUGCAAACUAGCGAGCCUAUUUUAUUCGCCCGGGUUAUUAUUUUAAAAUUUACAGUUGUCAAUCAUCCGUCCCUUUCCUUUUCGACGGGUAAGAAAAUGACGGGUAUAACUUGGAAUAAAGUUAGGAGGUGUAUGCAGGAAUUAGGGCCAGUCACCCUUAGUCUUUAUAUGAAGCGAUAUAAUUAUGUUAAUAUUGUUAUUUAGGACCUUUACUUGUGCUUUUUGGCAAUUGGAGUUUAAGUUUACACGAAGCUAAGCAAUGUUUAUUACUCGGAUAUAAUGAGAUUUAUAAGUUAAAUAUGACGAAGGAGUAGUUAUAAAAAAUGUGUAUUUUAAUUGGCGCGUUUUCUUUUUUAUUUAAGAUAAAAUGUUCGAGCAUGUAUGAACAUCGCGUAUUAUAUUUUUAUAGCAACACUAAUUUAAUAAUUACAUAAAGAGGCUAUACAGGGUGUUAGUGACGUCGUAACGAAAACUUUGAGGGACGAUUCAGGUCAAGACUCUGAGUUGAUAUCAAGUGGAAUUUUUCGUCGCAAAAGUAUGGAACGGAAACUAAAUUAAAAAAGCAUAAAAAUUGUCAUGAAUUUUCUGACAGGAAAUUCCACUUGAUAUCAACUCAGAAUCAUGGUCUGUGUAGUGUUUACAUAAGUACAUAAACACAUCUUAUUGUAAUACACGUAGGUAUAAUUAAAUAUAUAAAUAAAUAUGUAAUUAUUAUUAUUAGUAACACUCAGUGUCCCACUGCAGGCAUAUGUAAUAUAUUAUAAAAUACUUGAAUCGAUAUAAUCGAUUCACAUAUAUAUUCUGUCGUCUCGGGCAAUGCACUACGCGGUGGCCACAAUUAAAAAGUAACCUGUACGGGUAUGUACGGGGGUGGAGUGAAGACGUAGUGUGUGGCAACGAGCCGAUAUUUAUUUAUAUAAUUAUAUUGAGACCAAUACACUACAGUCUGAAUCACCCCCCUUAGUAUUCGUUACGAUGUCACUAACAACCUGUAUGUAUGGAGCAUACUCCACUACGCUGCUCCACUGCGGGAUGUUUAAUAUGAAUAAUAUUAUUAAGAUUAAAUAGUUAGGCCGUGUACAGAAAAAAAAGCUAGAAACUUAUAAGCGCUUGACAGCGCUGAUGACUUGCGCAGGAAAAUAUAAGAACGCGCGCCGAUAAGCACUGAACGGUGCCGACAAGUUCCGACAAGCUUCAACACGCGCAGGUCAGCGCUGGGCGCUGCCAUUUAAUAGUAUUUUAUGCAACAGUUGUAUAAGGGUCAAAAAAUGCGAGUGGCGUGAGUUGCGAUGUGAGCCUUGGCGAACAUCGCAAUAAGAGACGCCACGAGCAUUUUUUGACCUAGUUAUACAACGUUGCAUACAAUACUUUUUCUACGACGACGUAAUUUUAAACGAAACACAAAAAUUUUCCAAUUUAUUUUCCAACGUGCGGGAAAAUGGCGGCAAAUGUAUACUUUUUUUUAUAGUAUAUCUAUGGCACCAAACAAAGUAAAGGUGCCAGUUUCCAGGUCAAAAAAAAAAAAACAACAACAAUGCUUUUUUGGCGACAUUAUAGUACAGUUACACUUUGUAAACAAUGCUUUUAUAGGCCAUAGAGCGUACACUUUUUCAAAGAGUUUAAUUAUGUAUGUACUUAUAUUAGACUUUUUGGUUAUUUAAAUGCCAGAUUAAAGUAGAGGAGUAGAAAAAAUUAAUAAACAACUG